AUGGAGUCAACAGUCGAGGCGCGAACCAAGCUCGCCUACAAGAAUCGGUGGAGGACUCUUUACAACAACCCCAAGCUCAUCGUCAUUGCUCUCUUUGCCUCAUUCGGUGGUUUCGAGUAUGGCUACCAGCAGGGUGUUCUCGGCCAGUCCCUGGUCAUGACUCGUUUCAAGGACAACUUCCCUUCCGUCGUCGAGUCGUCCGGCGCCACCGGUUGGCUCACCUCCAUUCUGCAGCUUGGAGGUAUCCUGGGCUCGCUGUCUGCCGGUGUCCUCGGUGAGGUCAUCUCAAGAAAGUACACAAUGUUCUCAGCUUGCUGCUGGGUCAUCCUGGGCAGCUACCUCUAUAUCGGUGCCACGUACCACAACCCUUCCAUGCUCUAUGCCGGCCGGUUCUUUACUGGUAUCGGUGUCGGAACUUUCUCUGGUGUUGGUCCCCUAUAUAACGCCGAGCUCUCCUCCCCCGAACUCCGAGGUUUCCUCGUCUCCUUCUAUCAGUUCUGUACCAUUCUCGGUAUCAUGCUUUCGUUCUGGAUCGGAUACGGUAGCAACUAUAUCGGCGGCCACGGCGAUGGCCAGAGCAACCUCGCUUGGAUGCUUCCCUCCAUCAUUCAGGGAAUCCCUGCCGUGCUCCUCGCCCUCGGUAUUUGGUGGCUCCCCUUCUCUCCUCGAUGGCUCGUCAAGAAGGGUCGUGAUGAGGAGGCUAUCAAGACCCUCUCGUACCUCCGAAACCUUCCCAUCGAGCACCAACUCAUUCAAGUCGAGUACAAGGAGAUUAAGGCCGAGUCUUUGUUCGAGCAGCGUGCUUUUGCCAAGCAGUUUCCCAACCUGGCGGCCAAGGAACAAGGUAACAUGUGGGUGCGGGAGUUUGCCCAAUACUAUAACAUUGUGCGAACCUGGGACAACUUCAAGCGUGUUGCCACAGCUUGGCUUGUUAUGUUCUGGCAGCAGUGGAGCGGUAUCGACGCCAUCAUCUACUACGCCAGUCAAGUGUUCGAGCGACUCGGUUUGACCGGCGGAACUCAAGCCCUGCUUGCCACUGGUGUCACCGGUGUUGUAUUCUUCGUUUCGACCCUUCCUGCCAUGGUUAUCAUCGAUAAAGUAGGCCGCAAGCCUAUGCUGUACGUCGGAUCGGUCGUGAUGUGGCUUUCGAUGGUUAUCGCGGGAAUCAUCGUCGCCAAGUUCCAACACGACUGGGAAUCUCACGCGGCAGCUGGCUGGGUAGCAGUUGCCUUCAUAUGGGUCUACGUUGGAGCAUUUGGAGCUACUUGGGGGCCAGUUUCGUGGACUUUGGUUGCUGAGAUAUUCCCCCUUUCCAUCCGGUCGAAGGGGUCGUCUAUCGGCGCGUCGAGCAAUUGGCUUAACAACUUCGCGGUUGCCUUCUACGUUCCUCCCAUGUUCGAAACGCUCGAAUGGGGAACUUAUAUCUUUUUCGCCGGUUUCCUUGCCUGCAGCAUCGUGUGGCUGUACUUCUGCCUUCCCGAGACUAAGGGAGCCACUCUUGAGGAUAUGGACCGUAUCUUUGGAAGCCGAACUGGUGAGGAAGACGCCAAGAUGCUGGAUGAGGCCCGUCGUGACGCAGAGAAGAUGCUUAUGGAGGGCGAGGAGGCUGAUGCUAGACCUACUUCUCACCAUGAGAACGCCUAG